UGAGACCGGCCGGGCGCCAGGACACCCGUCGAGUGUCGUCGGUCGCACGCUGGGACUCAGUCGGCGCGGCCCUGACCUCGGCGGUGCCGGCGGGCGCCGGCGGCGGCCGGCCGCACGUGAGUCUCGCCGCCCAACACGUGACUGCGGCCCGAUCAAUGUGACGUCAGCGGCCGCUCACGUGUCGGCCCGCGCGCGGCCGCCGCCGCCGCCGGCAGCCAGUGGCGCUCGGUGGCGGGGUUCCGGUGGAUGCCGGAACGGGUCCGGCCGACGGGGUGCGCCCAGAGACGUGCCGAGACAGAGCUGCCGACCGACGGCUCUGUGGACCGACGGAGGUGUGAGCAGUGAACGUGCAUCGCGGGCGACGGCGCGGAGCGGCGCCGGAAGACUGCGGCGCGGUGCAUGGAUGCUGGAUGUGGGCGGCGUGCAGAGCCGAGGGGCGGUAGCGGCAGACGAGUGAUCCCGAACUGGGGUGGACCCAAUGACAGAGUGAAGGACUAUGGAACAGUGGAGCCAGGCGUGGCACUGGAGACAGUCUUCCGACGAGUACGCGAGCCGGGUUAUUGACGAGGAGGGUGCUGUCACCGAUUCGUCACCUUGCCUGAAACGCGCCCCGUCUCGAGACGGUCGACAAGAAGCCGAACUCAGCUACACGCAAUGCAAGGGAAGUUUGGAGACGCCGAUGGCAAAUCCACCUCCUCCGGACCCAACGUCUCAUCGGGUGAUCGAGAAGCGGCGGCGGGAUCGUAUGAACAACUGCCUGGUCAACUUGUCGCACCUGGUACCCUCCUGUCACCAGCGGAAAGGACGAGGACGAAUCGAGAAGACAGAGAUUAUCGAACAUGCCAUCAAGCACAUCCGCGAUCUGCAAGAGCAGCUGGCCCGGCUCCCAGCCGCAGAGCCCAACGGCGGUGGAGGCGGCGGCGGCGGCGGCGGCUCAGAGGCCGGCAGCAGCAGCAGCGGCGGCAGCCGGGCGGCGGCCGCGGCCGCCAUCUCCAGCCACUACGAGGAGGGCUACCGGGAGUGUCUGCGCGAGGCCAUGCAGUGGAUGGUCGAGCACGAGGGCUUCAUCCCGGGCGACCCUAUCUGCGCCCGGCUGAUGAACCAUCUGCACGAACACAUCGAGCUGGUGCUCAAAGGCGGCUUUCCGCCGCGGCCGCACCACAUGUCGUCCAACAGCAGCGCCGGCUGCUACACGGGCAACACGAGCGGCUACGACGGCAGCACGAGCAGCGCGGCCGGCACGGCCAGCAGCGCGGCCGGCUCCUCCAGCGAGGGGGUGGGCGGCGCCGGCAGCGGCGCACAGUGGCCCGGCUCGGCCUCCAACUCGGCAUCACCGCCCGAGAUGCCGCAGUCGCAAGACUUGGUGCCCAUGUCGGCGCCGACGAUCGAGUCGUCGAUGAGUCCGGCCGACGCGGGCGCCACCUCGCGCUAUCCGGACUCGGAGCCGCCCCAGUUCGACCAGGCACGCCUCUAUCAGCUGCUACACAAAUCGAGCGAGGCGAAGCGGGCGCACCCUCCAAGCAGCAGCAGCAGUCGCAGUUCCGAAGAGAGCGCCGGGUUCAUGUACAAGUUCAAGACGAGUAUGAAGAAGCGUUUUUCGGCCGAUAUGGGCGACGAGUCGGGUCCGAAGCGCUGUCGCCGGCCGCCGCCGCCCUCUGGCGACCGAAAGCCGGCGCCGGCCGCGCUGGCGGCGGCGGCGGCGGCGGCGGCGCGCAGCCAACAGGUGCCCGUGUUCGCGCUGCACAGUCGCGGCCCCCUCUACCUGCCGAUGACGGUGCACGUGGAGGCGCUGGGCAGCCAGGCGGAGCUGCUGACGGCCGAGCCGCACUCGGUCGUCCACCCGGUCAACAUCUCGGUCUGCUUCUGCGGUGGCCGGCGACCGCCGUCGGCGCCGCCGGCUUCCGACGAGCCGCCCUCCACCUCGGGCGUCUCGUCACUGCGCACCGAGACGGUCGGAUCCGACGAGCUCAACUCGGGCAGCUAAGCGGCAGCGUGCCCAGCACCUCUGGGGUAGUGUCGUAGCGAAAACUAGGCGGCCGUCGAGCGCAGGGCUGCACCCCGGGCCCACUGAAGAUCCGCGUCGGGCCCGGCGGGACGCCUCGCCAGCUGACGGCACGGCGCCGACAGUCGAGUGACGCGGAGUGAACUGACGCCCCUCCAGGGACGGGUCUGUGUUAGCUGUUACGUGCCGAGAUUCGCCGCGCGCUGUGUGUGCUGACGCCCCGUCCUCGGAUCCAUGAAGAAGACGCAAAGGGGCAACGCCAGCUUUUCAUCUUCAUCGAGCCGACUGUGUGUGCUGCGCUAUUAUUUCUCAUUCCCCGGUGGUCAUGGGGUUUAUGUUGACUCCUCAGGUCUAUGGUGAUGCGUUGCGGUGUAUGAAUACCAUCGCUUAUGGCGAUGGCGCCUCUGACAGUCAGCUUCUUGUUGCGCUUUUGUUGUCAUUGAUGUUAUUUGUCGCUGCUCUGGCGCGGGCCGAUAGUGGAGCUCCAGACGCUAGAUCUCGUAGCUCAGAUACAAAGAGUUUGUCCUCCUUAUCACACACUCACACACACGACGAUGCGUGACCUUUUGGUAUCGCUCGGCCACAGUUCUUCCGUCAGCUGCUGUUUUUGCAGACCUACCGUUGUUUGUCUGGAACGCGGUUUAUUUGGCACCCAUGGUUUCUGUAACUAUCUUCACCUGACUUGUCCUGAUACCACAUGGAGUGCAGAUCGACCAUCUUCCCUCAGCCAUACCGCGCGGCUCGAUGCUUGUUGACCAGCUAUCAGGCGUUGAUAUCAUGCUGCUGUCAUCACCAGGCGUGUUUACCGAACCUCCAUACAAACGCAGCCAUCAGUACCUGUUCGUUGGGCGGCUUAGCCAGCCGAGUGCUCACAUUGUCACCAGCGCGUGCACCAUUUUGGCCCGACCGUAUACCUCCGGGUGUUCACCAUUCUGUUCGUCGCCGGAAGUGUCCGCGGGCGGCCUCAUCAGUGUCCGGUUUCACCGCGCGCCCGACGGCGGCCGUGACCGCCGUGUGUGUCUGUCAGCGGCGCCGAUCAUCAUUACCUCUCUAGGGUAUCCGCUGAGCACUCAGAGUGCUGAUUGGUGCAAUUCUGACUCCGUUUUCUGCCGCUCUUGGGCUGAACAUUUGCUCAGAUGCUCGAGAAACCCGAUCUAGUGUGGGAUUAAUAGCACGGAAAAGGUAGAGCUCCUGUUACUGUAACCUGCGUCUGAUGAAGACGCUACAGACAAAAUCAUUCUUUGGUUACAUAAAAUAUGACUUGUUUUCCUUUUCUGUGUCGUCUCAAACAUACCCUCUGUUCUUGUCCUUCUUCUUUCGUUCCCGUCGCGAGUGGUGUGGGACGGAUGUUGUUACAAAAGGCCGGUUACCACCAGUCGCUUUGGCCGACGACACCCCCGCCGCCAUUUGGCCCCAGAGUGCUAGGAAAACGAGGCCAAAGUUUGGAACUUUAUUAGGUGAUCAACUGGUCGUCAUUCAGCUGUUUGGUCAUGAGAAAAUGCAUGCCGUAUCAAACUCAGACAAAUAUUUCGAACAGAUGUGUAAGCUGAUGAUGUGUAAGUUCGACUGCGUUGAAAAAGUCAAAAGGUGGAUGUGAUACCCAUAGCCCUAGUAGGUAAUACGUUGAAUGAGCUUCACUAGAGCUGGUGAUGAGAAGGGCGUUCUUUCAGAUUUUGACCCGGAUACGGUGCAAACUACCGGUAGUUAUCGGAGCUCGUAUAUGUGUCGUUGGUAUAUGUAUACCUACAAACAAUGUUGGCGUCUGUGGUGCAUGACAAAUAUAUUUCGGAUAGGAA